GUGUUGACAGAGCUGCAGGGGAGGGGAGGGUGAGGGAAUAGAGAGGGUUAAGGGGCUACUAAGUCUCUGGAAAUAAGAAGACCAAGAGUCCUUCCCCACCAGGAACCUCCACCACUAUAGCAGCUGGAGAAGUUUUUCCCAGUUUCUGUGUUCCCCUGGGGCAACGAACUAGCAGUCUGGGUGGGAAAAGAGAAGUGGAGGAAGUUGACAGGGAUGGGCGGGGCCCGUGGGGGGGGGCUGACCAGGAACCCAGCUUCCUGCUCAGUACCCAGGCAUCCAGCCCCUGGCUCACCCCCACCCCUUCCAGCCCCCACUCCCUCAGGAACUCAGGGAUUCCGGUCCUCCUCCCAAAUCCCAGCUACCCCUCCCCCUCGAUUCCCCAUCCCAGGAUGGAGGCAGAGAAACCCCAGGAAGAAGAGGAUGGUGAGCAGGAGCCCCAUGAGGAUGAUCAUGGCUGGCCCCCUGUGAACACCACCACCCGGCCUUGGCGAUCUGCUCCUCCAUCUCCUCCUCCUCCAGGAACCCACCAAACAGCCCUGGGGCCCCGCUCGGCCUCCCUACUCUCCCUGCAGACUGAGCUCCUUCUGGACCUGGUGGCUGAGGCUCAGUCCCGCCGCUUAGAGGAGCAGAGGGCCAUCUUCCAUGCCCCUCAGAACUCCCCAAGCCUUGCCCGAGCCCUGCCCCGGCCUCAUGAGGACAGAGAACAGCUCUACAGCACCAUCCUCAGUCACCAGUGCCAGCGGAUGGAAGCCCAGCGGUCAGAACCUCCACUCCCCCCAGGGGGGCAGGAGCUCCUGGAACUGCUGCUGAGAGUUCAGGGUGGGGGUCGAAUGGAGGAGCAAAGGUCCCGGCCCCCCACACACUCCUACUGAGAUUUGGGCUCCCAUGGACCUCUCCACACACCUGGGGCUCAAAUCUGGGCGGUCCACAGCAUGUCAUCUGCCCAGCUUGCAGGAGACUGAAGGACUCAGCAGAAACCACAAUAUCCAUGACCCGAGCCCACCUUCCCUGGGAACUGGAGGGGGUGAAGUCCUCAAAUUCUGGGGAUAGUUAAGGUAGGAUGGCCAUUUAACGCCCUCUCCAGAACAUGGGAGCUUGAGGCAGCUGGAAGACCCCAGCCACUGAGGGACAACCCAUCCCUCACCUCUGAUCUAAAGGGAAUGGCUGAGAGUCUUGGUUCGAAAAUGGGGACACUCCCAGUAGUCAAGCCACUAAGCAGGCCUCCAUCUCCCAAGAAGAGGGAAAUGUCCUAAGGUUAUGACUUGCGAGAGAGACAAUUCCACCCUCCUUCUGCCCUUUAAGAAGGAAAAUAGUGGGCACAGAAACUACUAUCCUGCCCCCAGCCCCAGGACCAAGGGGCCUACAGGCUGUGAAUGGACAAUAUGCCCUGCCCUUCAGCCCUCCCCACUAUUGCCCGGGUCUGUCUGAUGUAUGAAUAAAUACAAUUCCCCUCUGGA